AUGCACAAGACCCGCGACUUGCGGGAUGACCUCCCGGAGGAUUUUUUCAUCCCGGUGCCUCUGGACACAAACAAUCUGACGGCGCUGAGCCCGUUCCUGGUGCCGCAGACACACCUGGGCAGCCCGGUCAUCUUCAUGGGCAUGUCGGCCUUCAUGUUCCUGCUCAUUGUGCUGGGCGUGCCCAUCAACGUCCUCACCGUCUUCUGCACCGCCAAGUACAAGAAGCUGCGCUCCCACCUCAACUACAUCCUGGUCAACCUGGCCGUGGCCAACCUGCUGGUGAUCUCCGUGGGCACCACCACGGCCUUCUAUAGCUUCUCCCAGAUGUACUUCGCCCUGGGCCCCAUGGCCUGCAAGAUCGAGGGGUUCGCCGCCACACUGGGGGGCAUGGUGAGUCUCUGGUCUCUGGCCGUCGUGGCCUUCGAGCGAUUCCUGGUGAUCUGCAAACCCCUGGGGAACUUCACGUUCCGCGGCACCCACGCCAUCAUCGGCUGCCUCCUCACCUGGGUCUUCGGCCUCGUUGCUUCUGCACCCCCCCUCUUCGGAUGGAGCCGGUACAUCCCCGAGGGGCUCCAGUGCUCAUGCGGCCCCGACUGGUACACGACCAGCAACAAGUGGAACAACGAGUCCUACGUGAUCUUCCUCUUCUGCUUCUGCUUCGGGGUCCCCCUCAGCGUCAUCGUCUUCUCCUACGGCCGCCUGCUGCUGACGCUGCGCGCUGUGGCCAAGCAGCAGGAGCAGUCGGCCUCAACGCAGAAGGCCGAGCGGGAGGUGACCAAGAUGGUGGUGGUGAUGGUGGCCGGGUUCCUGGUGUGCUGGCUGCCCUACGCCUCCUUCGCGCUGUGGGUCGUGACGCACCGUGGGGAGCCCUUCGACGUGCGCCUGGCCUCCGUGCCCUCCGUCUUCUCCAAGGCCUCCACCGUCUACAACCCCGUCAUCUACGUCUUCAUGAACAAGCAGUUCCGCUCCUGCAUGCUGAAGCUGGUGUUCUGCGGCCGCAGCCCCUUCGGGGAGGACGACGACGUCUCAGGGUCCUCGCAGGCCACCCAGGUCUCCUCCGUCUCCUCCAGCCAGGUGUCCCCGGCGUAG